AUGUCUAUUCUACACCGUUUUGCCCCCGUCUUGAUCCGAGAAGGUGCCAUAAGGGGGUCUUUCUCCAACUUCACAGUUGACGACGCCGUCCGAUUCACCAACAACACGUCGGUGAAAAAUGGAGGUGCCAUUAAUUCGUGGUUCUCCGAGUUCACCUUCCGCGGCGACCCGGUUUUCGAUAACAACGCAGCUGCCGGCGAUGGAGGUGGUAUAUCAGCGUACCAGACAAACCUGACAAUCCUUGACGGCCUCGCUUUCGUCAACAACUCCGCUGGCGGCUAUGGAGGCGCUUUUGAUGCCUCCGUCUGCGUCAUCAUCAUCGACGGCGACGCAACUUUCCACGGGAACUUGGCCGAGGAUGGAGGUGCGAUAUUUUUGUACCAAGCCGUGGCACAUUUACGAGGAGGGUCCUUUUCGGAGAAUUCUGCUAUCCAGAGCGGGGGAGCGAUGUCAAUUUCACAGCCCACCGAAGUCACCCUGUACGGAGUUCUGUUCGUAUCGAAUACGGCUGACAUCGGCGGCGCCAUCGCGCUGACAUCCACUGGAGAAGAGCCAACGCAGUUUGAGGCGUGCACGUUUGUUUCCAACAGCGCCGUCGAUGGGGGGGCGUUGUAUAUGUCGACCAAUGAGGGAAUGGAAGUCGUCCGGAAUUGCACGUUCUAUGGCAACCACGCAGAAAUAUCUGGGGGAACGAUCUUUCACACCGGAUAUCUUGGCAUGAUCGAGACGGUGUUUGCGUCCAACGAAGCGGGCCAGGAUGGUACGGCCGUGUUCAGCAUAGGGGUGGUGCAGCAAGCUCUCAACGUAACCUUUGCGAGUAACACGCUCAACUGCCCACUGGGCGAGUAUGCGUACGACAAGGAGGCCGAAGACGACUCCUGCCGUUUCGAACUAGCGUGCGCGCGAUGCUCGGCGGAUUGCGACGCCAUCCCAUCCAGCGUGACCAUGGCCGACAGCACCAUCCCUGUCUGCCUAGAGUUGAUGGAAGGCACGAAGGCAUCAUCAAGCGGCACCACUGUCGCAACGCUCGACCUGCAGGAGGGAUACUACCGCACCUCCGCGGAGAGCCAAGUCGUGGUGGAGUGUUACUUGACAGGCGCCUGCGCGGGUGGCACCGACCCCGAAAACUAUUGUGCAGAUGGCUACGAAGGUCCCUAUUGCUCGGUAUGUGCAGACGGCUACGCGCCAGGCACGGCGUACCAGUGUCACGAAUGCUCGGGAACAAGCAUGGGGUCAGCCGUGGGGCUUGCAGCAGCGGUGGUGGCGGUGGUUCUGCUCGUGGUGGCAGUGGUUGCUACGGACCUCGUACGCGUUGUGGAUGGCGAUCGAAGCAUCAAAGACGCCCGCACUCUAAAGGGGCGACUUUCGCGUUUCCAAGCGUUUGUUGUGAACGCUUUCCCCCUGACAACCGUGAAGAUCGUCGUGGUGGCCUGGCAGAUAAUCACACAGUUCGGUGCGAUCGCUGGCUUCGUGUACCCGGAGGAGUACCAAGACUUUCUCAACGUCCUGACGCCUGUUAAUCUGGACAUUGGCUUCAUCCUCUCGUACUCAUGCUUCGUGACCACCGAUUUUUUCGACCGGUUGCUGAUCGCCACAAUCGGGCCAGUCGUGGUGCUGGCGCUGCUGGCCUUGACGUUCGUCGUCGGGAGGAAAAGGAACAUCAACUCCGAGGCCGCCGUUCGCGCGCUUGACCUGCGACACGCCAAGGACCUGCAGAAGGCGGACCGGGAUAGACUGCCGAAUCUUCAGCCGCUCGGCGAUCUCUGGGAGGCGUACAAGCCGUCGAGGUACUACUACGAAAUCAUCGAGUACGUUCGCCGCAUCAUGCUCACUGGGGUCGCAGUUUUCGUUCUCCCUGGCAGCUCGGCGCAAAUCGCCGUCGUGCUCCUGCUGGCCGUCGUGUUCUUGUUCAUUUCCGAGUCGCUGUCCCCCUUCGCAAAGAAGAUCGACAUGGCUCUGUACCGCUGGGGGAACGGCGUUAUCUUGGCCAGCAUGUACGUCGCUCUCCUGCUCAAAGUGAACGUGUCCGAAGAGGGAAGCGAGACUCUCUCCGCCUUCGUGGUCGUUCUCAUAUUGGCGAACGUCUUUAUGGUCAUUACCGUGGUGGUGCAGUCUUUCUUGCUUGUAAGAGAGUGGCGAUCGUCCACGGUGUCAGAGCGGGAGCCGGUUGACCCUCGAAGCAAAUCAUCUGGAUGGCUGGAAGACGCCGAAGAGGGCGGCGAGGAAGCAGGAACGGGCGGGGAGUGGGAGGGCGGAUGCUUCCAAUCGAUCCUGUCUAGUAAGCAAGACGCUGCGGGACAAAACGUAUCUGCGAGCAACGGUGUACCCAGUGCAUUGUUGCUGUAG